AAAAAAUAUGAGAUUUUUGACGUCAGUGUGAAACUAUAUCCCUGCUAGGCUGGACUGUAAACAAGUGAUCACGGGACGGACACGUUGGACAAAUUCCUUUCUUCUCUGACUUCCUGUUUACUUCCUGGUUGUUCUUGGCAGGCCAGUCAGUUCGUCAAGUUUCGCUGAUCUUCAUACUAUGCGGGCAAGAAAGCGCGUUGAAUUGCUUUCCUUGCAUUCUAUCAACACCAACAGAUCUGCGAAAAAGGGUUGUGCCUAGGAUGAGUUUUGCGGCUUCUUAUUGGACGGAAAAUAGUUGCCCCCGACCAAAACAGGAAAUCCUAUUGGAUACUGUAAGGCUAUUUAGGCAGUAUUGAUUUCUCAUUGGCCGUAUGAUAUUUCGCAACGUUGGACGGACCAACAACAACAAGAUAGGGUGAAGCACUGUCGGGAUGGAUGCAGGUAGGAAAUAUUUCCUAAGGAAAACAAUGAUUCAACGCUUUUUUGUGUGUUUUAGAGUCCCUCUGAACAAAGCACGCCACAUUUAGCUAUUUCAUAAUGGAUUCCAAUUUGUACAUCAGUUGAGGUUUACAUCUAGUUUGAAUGUGAAUCAAAAUAGUCAUAGCUAGCAGUUAGGCAGCUGCUACCAACCCAACCCAACCAGACUGACAGGCUAAAAUCAGCAGAUGUCAGUUUGAUAUAUUAUUAAAAACAUUUUGCUUGUGAACUAACUAGCUAGCUAACCUAGCAAUCAGUAUAGUUUGGACUGAAAACGACGAACUAAGGUGAAAUAAACCCAUGUUUUAGCUGCGGCUAUUUUCUGUCCACGAUAUCAGUUAACGUUAGCAUAACUAGGUCCCUGACUCCCAAGACAAAUCUUUGUCGCCUACGCCCAUGCAACAUAACGUUAUUGUCUAGUGUCACUAGCUAACUAACUAGCUACCUACCAACAACCGCUGAAAGGAUGGUCACAUAGCUAGCAAGCCAAAUCUGUAUUUGCAAUGUCAUUCUCUGUCGCAAUCCCAUACUUGGCUGGCUAGCUAGCAAGCUCAACUGUCAAACUGCAUUGAGUGAGUGAAUAUGUUUUGCAUUGCAGUGCUGAAAGUGCUUGGAGGAUAGCUAGCUACUAGUCCUAAUGUUACUGAAAUCAAUAUACACUGAGUGUACAACAUGCUCUUUCCAUGACAUAGACUGACCAUGUGAAAGCUAUGAUCACUUAUUGAUGUCACUUGUUAUAUCCACUUCAAAUCAGUGUAGAUGAAGGGGAAGAGACAGGUUAAAGAAGGAUUUUUAAACCUUGAGACAAUUGAGAUUGUGUAUGUGUGCCAUUCAGAGGUUGAAUGGGCAAGACAAAAUAUUUAAGUGCCUUUGAACAGGGUAUGGUAGUAGGUGCCAGGCGCACCGGUUUCUGUCAACGACUGCAAAGCUGCUGUGUUUUUCACGCUCAACAGUUUCCCGUGUGUAUCAAGAAUGGUCCACCACCCAAAGGACAUCCAGCCAACUUGACACAACUGGGGGAAGCAUUGGAGUCAACAUGGGCCAGCAUCCCUGUGGAAUGCUUUUGACACCUUGUAGAAUCCCAUGCUCCAACAAAUUGGGGCUGUUCUGAGGGCAAAAGGGAGUGCAACUCAAUAUUAGGAAGGUGUUCAUUAAUGAUUCCUUGUUCAAAUAUAUGUGUGUGUGUAAGCCAUGUAGCAAGGUGUUCUGAAUCAGAUGCACUUUAUAUUUCAGCUACUCUCACAUACGACACACUUCGCUUUGGAGAGUUUGACGAUUUUCCAGAGACCUCAGAGCCUGUGUGGAUCUUGGGGAAAGAAUUCAAUGCACUCACAGGUAGUGAAGACAUCAGAUCAUAAAACAGGCUCUACUGUUGCCCCAGUAUCUGUGUGUUAGAGAUGUAGACGGUGAGUAUAAGCUCUCCUCUCUAACGCCCAGAAAGCUCUGAUUCAAACUCCCAUUAGACAGCUCUGCACAUGUUAUAAUACGUUUGGUACUCACAAAAUAUGGAAUUUUGCUGAGUACUUAUCUUCAUAUACUCACAUUACGGCCGGUAUGUACUUCCAAAAAAGUUUAACCUCCAAAUCACUCAUUACUGCCACACACAGGUCGGACGUCUACAACAACUGCCAUCGGAGGUGCCAAAUAGGCAUUUUCUCGGGUGCUUGUACAUUUUUAUUUAGACCUUUUUUUUGGAAGUACAUACCUGCCGUAACGGGAAUAGAUGAAGAUGGUAACAGACGUAUUUUGACAUAACGCUUGCAGAGCUGUCUAAUGGGAGUUUGAAUCCGAGUUUUCUGGGCGUUAGAGAGGAGACGUGUCAUAAUCAUUGGUAACAUCUCUUAACACACAGAUACUGGGGCAGUCUACUGUCAUGUAAUGCAAGACGGGAGGUGGUGUCACUGUUGUGUUUUUUUUUUUUUUUUUAAAAACAUUUAGUUUAUUUAGCGUUUUCUUACUCUGCAUUGUUGGUUAAGGGCUUGUAAGCAUUUCGUGGUAAGGUCUACUACACCGGUUGUAUUCGUCGCAUGUGACAAAUAACAUUUGAUUUGAUCCUCAGUAAGUCAUUAUAUACACAUGUAAAUGAAGUACAGAAGUACAGAACAAACACACAGACAGUUAAAGGCCUACUGUAAGCAGCAGACAGUGAUUAAAGGCCUACUGUAAGCAGCAGACAGUGAAUAAAGGCCUAUUGUAAGCAGCAGACAGUGCAUAAAGGCCUACUGUAAGCAGUAGACAGUGAUUUAAAGGCCUACUGUAAGCAGCAGACAGUGAAUAAAGGCCUACUGUAAGCAGCAGACAGUGCUUAAAGACCUACUGUAAGCAGCAGACAGUGAAUAAAGGCCUACUGUAAGCAGCAGACAGUAUAUAAAGGCCUACAGUAAGCAGCAUACAGUGAAUAAAGGCCUACUGUAAGCAGCAGACAGUGAAUAAAGGCAUACUGUAAGCAGCAGACAGUGAUUAAAGGCCUACUGUAAGCAGCAGACAGUGAAUAAAGUCCUACUGUAAGCAGCAGACAGUUAAAAGGCCUACAGUAAGCAGCAUACAGUGAAUAAAGGCCUACUGUAAGCAGCAGGCAGACAAUAAAGGCCUACUGUAAGCAGCAGACAAUAAAGGCCUACUGUAAGCAGCAGACCGUUAAUAAAAGCCUACUGUAAGCAGCAGACUGUUAAAGGCCUACUGUAAGCAGCAGACAGUUAAAAGGCCUACAGUAAGCAGCAGACAGUAUAUAAAGGCCUACUGUAAGCAGCAGACAGUGAAUAAAGGCCUACUGUAAGCAGCAGACAGUUAAUAAGGGCCUACUGUAAGCAGCAGACAGUGAAUAAAGGCCUACAGUAAGCAGCAGUUAAAGGCCUACUGUAAGCAGCAGACAGUGCAUAAAGGCCUACUGUAAGCAGCAGAAGGCAUGCUCCUUAGCUAACUCAUUGUUUUUGCUUAUCCAGAAAAGGAAGACAUUCUUUCACACGUCACUUCACGACUAUGGUUCACCUACAGAAAAAACUUCCCACCCAUUGGUGAGUAGCCUCAACCUACUGUAGCAGGCAACAGAAUAAGCCCUCGGACAUUACUAAUAAGCCUACAGUACCAUAGCAUUUUGAAUGUAAUACCAAUAAGAUUAGCCUAUGAGGUGCAGAUUAUGUUUCAAUGGUGUUCCAGGAGGGACAGGGCCUACGUCCGACACAGGCUGGGGCUGCAUGCUGCGAUGUGGACAGAUGAUCCUAGGCGAGGCCCUGGUCUGCAGGCAUCUAGGCCGAGGUAUGAGUGACUGCUUUUCUAAUUCUGUACCUUUUAAUCUGUUCCCUGAAGCAUACAGCUAGCGGUAUUGUGUGGACAUUAGCUUCUAUUAUUCAAGUUAUCAAAAAUGUACUACAUCAAAUGAUCUCCGGCACUGUGUGAUACAAAUCUCUUAUUGCACUGUACUAAAGUGUUCUGUACAAUGGGGUACUUAGUUUCACCCAGCCAAUGAUAAAUGGCGUUUCUGUUAUGCAGACUGGAGAUGGGUGCGAGACCAGACUCAGAGAGAUGAGUACAUCAGUAUCCUCAACGCCUUCCUUGACAAGAAAGAUGGCUACUAUUCUUUACAUCAGAUUGGUAAAUACGGACUUGUAAUCUUUAUUCGACAUCUUCAGACAGUCAUACUUUAUAUUCAGAAUUGAAUGGGCAGUAUUUCUUACACCAAUCACAUAUAGUAUCUUUAUUGGGAUGACAGCGUUGGUGUAACAUAUUUUAUUAGGAUGACAGCGUUGGUGUAACAUAUUUUAUUAGGAUGACAGCGUUGGUGUAACAUAUUUUAUUAGGAUGACAGCGUUGGUGUAACAUAUUUUUAUUAGGAUGACAGUGUUGGUGUAACAUAUUUUAUUAGGAUGACAGCGUUGGUAUAACAACAUCUUUAUCGGGAUGAUACUAACAGCAGUUGUUUGUCUGUGUACUGCAGCCCAGAUGGGAGUCGGGGAGGGGAAGCCUAUAGGUCAGUGGUACGGACCAAACACAGUGGCACAGGUGCUGAAGUAAGUACAGUGAGCUCAUCACUUAAGUCUCUGGUCUAGAUCAUGACCAACUCUGUGGCUGCACUAACCUGGUCCCAGAUCUGUGUGUGCUCUUGGACAAACUCCAUUGCCGUCAUUGUCAAGCCAAACAUUGGCACUAGCACAAACAGACUGGCGUUCAGUGCUACGGCUGCACAGUUUUUAUUUUUUUGCGGUACAGACGAUGACUGCUACCCUGGUGUUGAACUUCGCCCCCGUCUUCCCCUCAGGAAACUAACCGUGUUUGACUCGUGGAGUCGCCUGGCGGUGCACGUUGCUAUGGACAACACUGUGGUGAUCGAAGAGAUCAGUGAGUAGCGAACACAGUCGUGGUAUCAAUCUCUAGAACAUACGUGGUUAAAAAAAAGGGGGGGGGGGCUGUCGACUGUUAGUCCUACUCAUAACGUUAGCGUUCAUCCAGUUUUGUAUUGAGUGUCAUCCAGAGUACUCAAGCCCAAGGGCUUUUAUGGACCACCAUAAUAGUAGAUGGGAACAGGCUAUUGAGAUUUUUUUAUUUUAUUUAUUUAUUUAACCAGGUAAGAAGCCAGUUGAGGACAAGUUCUCAUUUACAACUGCGACCUGGCCAAGAUAAAGCAAAGCAGUGCGAUAAAAACAACAACUACACAGAGUUACAUAUGGGGUAAACAAAACGUACAGUCUAGAUGAGUGAGAUUGAAUGAAAGUCUAUCUGACCUCUCCUGUUGUAUUCCCCAGAGUGUUGUGUAUGUAUAGACCUGUACAGUGCAUUCGGAAAGUAUUCAGAUCCCUUGACUCUUUCCACAUUUUGUUACGUUACAGCAUUAUUCUAAAAUUGAUUAAAUUACACACAAUACCCCAUAAUGACAAAGCGAAAACCGUUUUUUAGAAAUGUUUGCAAAUGUAUAUGAAAAAAAAAAACAUACCUUAUUUACAUAAGUAUUUACAUAAGUAUUCAGACCCUUUGCUAUGAAACUCGAAAUUGUGCUCAGGUGCAUCCUGUUUCCAUUGAUCAUCCUUGAGAUGUUUCUACAACUUGAUUGGAGUCCACCUGUGGUAAAUUCUAUUGAUUGGACAUGAUUUGGAAAGGCACACCUGUCUAUAUAAAGGUCCCACAGUUGACAGUACAUGUCAGAGCAAAAACCAAGCCAUGAGGUUGAAGGAAUUGUCUGUAGAGCUCCGAGACAAGAUCAUGUCGAGGCACAGAUCUGGGGAAGGGUACCAAAAAAAUGUCUGCAGCAUUGAAGGUCCUCAAGAACACAGUGGCCUCCAUCAUUCUUAUUCUUAAAUGGAAGAAUUUUGGUACCACCAAGACUCUUCCUAGAGCUGGCCGCCCGGCCAAACUGAGCAAUCAGGUGGAGAAGGGCCUUGGUCAGGGAGGUGACCAAGAACCCAAUGAUCACUCUGACAGAGCUCCAGAGUUCCUCUGUGGAGAUGGGAGAACUUUCCAGAAGGACAACCAUCUCUGCAGCACUCCACCAUACAGGCAUUUAUGGUAGAGUGGCAAGAUGGAAGCCACUCCUCAGUAAAAGGCACAUGACAGCCCGCUUGGGCCAAAAGGCACCUAAAGACUCUCAGACCAUGAUAAACAAGAUUCUCUGGUCUGAUAAAACCCAAGAUUGAACUCUUUGGCCUGAAUGCCAAGUGUCACAUCUGGAGGAAACCUGGCACCCUCCCUACGGUGAAGCAUGGUGGUGGCAGCAUCAUGCUGUGGGGAUGUUUUUCAGUGGCAGGGACUGGGAGACUAGUCAGGAUCGAGGGAAAGAUGAACAGAGCAAAGUACAGAGAUCCUUGAUGAAAACCUUCUCUAGAGUGCUCAGGACCUCAGACUGGGGCGAAGGUUCACCUUCCAACAGGACAACGACCCUAAGCACACAGCCAAGACAAUGCAGGAAUGGCUUCGGGACAAGUCUCUGAAUGUCCUUGAGUGGCCCAGCCAGAGCCCAGACUUGAACCCGAUCGAACAUCUCUGGAGAGACCUGAAAAUAGCUGUGCAGCGACGCUCCCCAUCCAACCUGACAGAGCUUGAGAGGAUCUGCAGAGAAGAAUGGGAGAAACUCCCCAAAUACAGGUGUGCCAGGCUUGUAGCGUCAUACCCAAGAAGACUCGAGGCUGUAAUCGCUGCCAAAGGGGUUUCAACAAAGUACUGAAUAAAGGGUCUGAAUACUUAUGUAAAUGUAAUAAAUUAACAAAACAUUCUGAAAACCUGUUUUUGCUUUGUCAUUAUGUGGUAUUGUGUGUAGAUUGAUGAGGGGAAAAAAAUCAAAUUAACCUUUUUUAGAAUAAGGCUGUAACGUUACAAAAUGUGGAAAAAGUGAAGGGGUCUGAAUACUUCCCGAAUGCACUGUAUGCUAUGUAAUGUUGCUAUUCUCCCCAGAGCGGCUGUGUAUGCCCUGGCUGGACUAUGGUGGAGCAGCGUGUGUGGAUUUCGAGGGGGGGAUGCCGGAGCGUAACGGCUGCCUGGAGGGGGCCUGUGCCCUGGCUGAGGAAGAGACCGCUCUCUGGAAGCCCCUGCUUCUCCUCAUUCCACUCAGGCUGGGCCUAAGCCACAUCAACGAGGCCUACAUCCAGACCCUGAAGGUGGGACUGAGAGAAAAGAGCCUGGUCCCAGAUCUGUUUGUGCUGUCUUACCAACUCCUAUGGUCAUUACCUAGCCUGGUCCCAGAUCUGUUUGUGCUGUCUUACCAACUCCUAUGGUCAUUACCUAGCCUGGCCCCAGAUCUGUUUGUGCUGUCUUACCAACUCCUAUGGUUGUUGUCAUGCCAUGAGAGUUGGCUUUACAACACGAACCUAUCUGGGACCAGAAUAAUAUUCACCCACAAACUAAAGUGUAAUGACCUUUUCCAUGUAUACGACCGGGUCAAAUUCCAUCCCCUCUUUCUGUGUAUCUUGUUCACAGCAAUGCUUCCAGCUGCCCCAGUCCCUUGGUGUCAUCGGAGGGAAACCCAACAGUGCCCAUUACUUCAUAGGCUAUGUUGGUAUGUUCUGCACACUGACAUUACUUCAUAGAAAUAUCCAGUCUAUGGUCUCCUCUAGUUAGAAUACACUCUUCAUGCUUUGCACUAUUGCGACCCUCUGCUCCACUAGGAGCUAAAAGAAAGAUGUAAAAUCAUACUUGAACGGUCUCCUGCUGCUAAGUAGGGCAUGUUGUCCUCUAUCUCCCCCCCAGGAGAUGAGCUUAUCUACCUGGACCCCCACACCACCCAGCCUGCAGUAGAGCCCUGUGAGGACAGCCAAGUCCCGGACCACACCUACCACUGUCAGCACCCGCCCUGCCGCAUGCAUAUCUGUGAAAUAGACCCCUCCAUCGCAGUGGUAAGAGAACCAGAGGCUAGGGCUAUGUGGGUUUAGGUCAAAGGUAGAGCAAUAUUUAGCUUGCUAACCCCUUUUCUCAAGCAGCAGGUACAGUUGAAGUCGGAAGUUUACAUGCAAUUAAGUUGAAGUCAUUAAAACUCGUUUUUUCAACCACUCCACACAUUUCUUGUUAACGAACUAUAGUUUUGGCAAGUCGGUUAGGACAUCUACUUUGUGCGUGACACAAGUAAUUUUUCCAACAAUUGUUUACAGACAGUGUAUGUAAACUUCUGACCCACUGGAAUUGUGAUACAGUGAAUUAUAGGUGAAAUAAUCUAAGUUGACUGUGCCUUUAAACAGCUUGGAAAAUUCCAGAAAAUGUCAUGGCUUUAGAAGCUUCUGAUAGGCUAAUUGACAUCAUUUGAGUCAAUUGGAGGUGUACCUGUGGAUGUAUUUCAAGGCCUACCUUCAAACGCAGUGCCUCUUUGCUUGACAUCAUGGGAAAAUCAAGAGAAAUCUGCCAAGACCUCAGAAGAAAAGUUGUAGACCUCCACGUCUGGUUCAUCCUUGGGAGCAAUUUCCAAACGCCUGAAGGUACCACGUUAAUCUGUACAAACAAUAGUACGCAAGUAUAAACACCAUGGGACCACGCAGCCGUCAUACCGCUCAGGAAGGAGAUGCGUUCUGUCUCCUAGAGAUGAAAAUACUUUGGUGCGAAAAGUGCAAAUCAAUCCCAGAACAACAGCAAAGGACCGUGUGAAGAUGCUGGAGGAAACGGGUACAAAAGUAUCUAUAUCCACAAGUCCUAUAUCGAUAUAACCUGAAAGGCCGCUCAGCAAGGAAGAAGCCACUGCUCCAAAACCGCCAUAAAAAAGCCAGACUACGGUUUGCAACUGCACAUGGGGACAAAGAUCGUACUUUUUGGAGAAAUGUCCUCUGGUCUGAUGAAACACAAAUAGAACUGUUUGGCCAUAAUGACCAUUGUUAUGUUUAGAGGAAAAAGGGCGAAUGCUUGCAAGCCGAAGAACACCAUCCCAACCGUGAAGCACGGGGGUGGCAGCAUCAUGCUGUGGGGGUGCUUUGCUGCAGGAGGGACUGGUGCACUUCACAAAAUAGAUGGCAUCAUGAGGAAGGAAAAUUAUGUGGAUAUAUUGAAGCAACAUCUCAAGACAUCAGUCAGGAAGUUAAAGCUUGGUCGCAAAUGGGUCUUCCAAAUGGACAAUGACCCCAAGCAUACUUCCAAAGUUUUGGCAAAAUGGCUUAAGGACAACAAAAGGUAUUGGAGUGGCCAUCACAAAGCCCUGACCUCAAACCUAUAGAAAAUGUGUGGGCAAACGUUUGAUCCAAGUUAAACAAUUUAAAGGCAAUGCUACCAAAUACCAAUUGAGUGUAUGUAAACUUCUGACCCACUGGGAAUGUGAUGAAAGAAAUAAAAGCUGAAAUAAAUCAUUCUCUGUACUAUUAUUCUGACAUUUCGCAUUCUUAAAAUAAAGUGGUGAUCCUGACUGACCUUAGACAGGGAAUUUUUACUAGGAUUAAAUGUCAGGAAUUGUGAAAAACUGAGUUAAAAAUGUAUUUGGCUAAAAGGUGUAUGUAAACUUCCGACUUCAACUGUAUAUCGUAAUGAUAGCAUUAGCUAAAUAUAAUUUAGCUGAGUGCCAUUUGAAGUGAAUGACUAAACGUUGGUUAGGUAUGGAUUCCAGUUCUAUAGAUGUGUUCUAUUUUGCUGACUCACUACAGCAGUCCUUUUUUUCUGAUAUUUACCAGGGUUUCUUCUGCAGAACGGAGGACGACUUUGAUGACUGGUGUAUGCGCAUCCGAAAGGUACUCUGAUGUUUCAAAGGGAUACAAAUAAAAAAAAGGUUAUCAAUUCACCUCAGCACUCAGUCUCCCGAGUGGCGCAGUGGUCUAAGGUGCAGUGCAGGCUGUGCCACUAGAGAUCCUGGUUCGAAUCCAGGCUCUGUUGUAGCCGGCCGCGACCGGGAGACCCAUGGGGCGGCGCGCAAUUGGCCCAGCGUCGUCCAGGGUAGGGGAGGGAAUAGCCGGCAGGGAUGUAGCUCAGUUGAUAGAGCAUGGCGUUUGCAACGCCAGGGUUGUGGGUUUGAUUCCCACAGGGGGUAUGAAAAAAAAUAAUGUAAGUCGCUCUGGAUAAGAGCGUCUGCUAAAUGACGCAAAUGUAAAUGUAAACAUCUUUUCAGAUACGGGUGUCAGUUGUAUCCCUUGAAAAAUAGGUAUUUUUAACCUCAAAUGGGUCAACCUGAUAAAAUAAAAAAAGGUUACUUUAUCUGACAGUUGUUUUGCUGUGGUUCAGUGAGCCAGGUCCUGCGAGCAUUGACUCCUCGCAAUUCUCCCAGAGUGUACUAAUCAGUAUUUAUCUGCCCCGUCUUUCUCUUCAGUUGUCCCACACUAGAGAAGGCCUGCCCAUGUUUGAGCUGGUAGACUGUCAACCAUCUCACUUCGCCUGUUCUGUAGACGUACUCAACCUCAAUCCUGGUAAACGUCAAACACUUCUGUCUACAUUCUCUUGACCUGUGGGGGGGGGGUCGAGGAAGGGAUAUCGUGAUUUAUUUCUCUUUACAGAUUGAGGCUGGGAUUCAGUCAGAGGUGCGUUAUCAUUAAGCGCCUUUUAAAAAAAGGCAGUUAUCCCUGCAGACGUCAGCUCAAGUGUAAAUGACCUUUAAAUGCCAAGCGCUGUGUGCAAACUACAACACGCCUUUGAUUGAAUCCUGGCCUAAAAUCUGGGCAGGACAAUGAAGUGAUUAAUUAUUUUCAGAAAUCUAAUGUCCUAUGUUGUUAAGGUGAUUAAUUUCUCUUUACAGACUAUACAUCUGUUUAAAAAGACGAUGUGAUAAUGUUGAUGAAUCCUUUAUUUCUCCCUCUCAUCUAGAUUUCUCAGACUGCGAUAGGUUGGAGCGGUUCUUUGAUUCUGAGGAUGAAGAGUUUGAAAUUCUGUCCCUGUGAUGAUCGAAUACAGUCAUAUGUCCUGGCAGAGCCCCAACGAUUCUUCUCUGUAUCAGAAGGGAAGCCAUGGGGGACGUCACUAGCCAACCUGGCGAUGAUGGCGUAGUGAUGUGUCAAACAGUUGUCUUCUGAUCUGAACAGCCACUGACUGCUCUCUGUGUCCAAUGAGGAGACUCGUUGCUAGGAGGUGGUACAAUGUAGCGGGAGCUUUCAAGACCAAUUCAGUUUCAGUACAAAAGUAUUGGUCAUUUUUCCUAUUUUGUUGCAUUA